AUGUCACCGCCUUCAGACCCCACAGAUUCACCGCCUAGUCGCGCACACCAGUUCUCCUUUCACGAAGGACCGCCAAUUCUCCACUACCACGGCGAGAAAUGCAAGCUCGUAACCUUGAAACGCGAUCUGAACGCAGAGCCUCUUUUGAAUGCGUUGCGCCGUGAAAUAUGGAUGCAGAGUGAAGAGUCUUCUGAGGAUGACGAAACAGAGGUUGUAAUUGACGAUCUUGAUGUGUGGGUUGCAAGCGACAAGUUCAAACUUUACGCGCCCAACGCAGCGACCGGCCUUUCCGUCCCCUACCCAUUCAUCUCGCUACACGCGCUCAUGCGUCUGCGCGUCCCAGGAGCUUCCGACGAGGUCCAAGGAUUAUUUAUGCAGAUCAAUCAGCCCGAAUAUUCCGCCGGUGACCAGGAGGAGUCGUUUGUCGAAUUGAAGAUUGUCCCAGGAGACCAUACUGACACGACAGAAACCAACGGCGACAGCAGCGAAGACCAGGAAUCAGAGUCGGAAGCACAGCAGCUGUACAAUGCGGUCUCAGCGUGCUCGGAGCUGAACCCCGAUGAAGAUGCUUCGGAUGAUGGGGCAGAUGAUGAUGCAGAUGCGACACACCAGAACGGGAGCGUCAUGGCUGGUCUUCCAGGCCCUGCUAGUGGGAGCUCGGGGUGGAUUACUGCAGAGAAUAUGCACGAAUUCGUUGAUGAGGAGGGUAACUGGCUUGGCGAAGGGCAGGCGCCUGCUUUCCCGAGCUUCCCAGGAGCACCACUCGGAGCUGGGGCUGGUAAUGUUCGCGGUCGUGAGGAAGAUGGGGAUGCAAUGAAUGAGGAGGACGACGGCACCAAGUGGCAACGUACUGAAUGA